UGUUUUUGCGAGCCAAGCAAAUCAGCAAAUGGCGAAGGGCGGUAUUAUAUUUCAUCCCAUAAUUAGCUCUAUUCAGAAAAUAGCCCUUUAUGAAACAAAGGCACGCUUCUACCUGGUGGGUAGCAACAACAAACAGACGAGGUUUCGGGUGCUGAAGAUAGACCGAACGGAGCCCCGGGAGCUGGUGGUGGUGGACGAUGGCGCGGAGUACAGCCAGGAGCAGAUACGCGACCUGGUCACCAUGAUAGACGUUGGCAACAGGACCCGGGUGGGACAGAGGCUGUCGAGCAACGGGGUGGCACGCAUCGUGUCUGCGUUCGGCAUCGUGGGACGCACUCUAAACCCCGUGACGGAGGAAGUCACGGACGAGGUAGAACCAGAUACGGAGACGGAGCAGUCCAAACCAUCUUUGUGGCAUUCAGUUUGGAAACGAGACAGAUUCCCGCUUGUCGUGUCGGCGUAUGGCUUGCUGGGGUUUGUGUGUUUCCUGGAGGGAUACUACGUUAUCCUGGUGACGAAGCGUCGCCGGGUGGCGGUGAUUGGCCACCACACCAUCUACAAGAUCGAGGACACCACCAUGAUAUACAUCCCCAACAACGGGGUGCGAACCUCCCACCCUGACGAGCAGCGCUACCUCAAGAUGUUCCAGAACAUAGACCUCUCCAGCAACUUCUACUUCAGCUACAGUUACGACCUGACGCACACGUUGCAGAGCAAUAUGACCGAGCCGUCGCAGUCACCAGCGACCCAGGACAGCGGACUUCUCUCAGGGGAAGCCGAAACAGCCUCAGGACAGCACUCUGACACGGCACACAGGGCAGCGUGUGGGGUGCGCAACCAGCCGCAUCGCAAGUUCGCGUGGAACUCUCACUUGCUGAGCCAAAUAGAGAAUGAGGUGCAUCCCGAUUGGCUGCUGUAUGUGGUGCACGGCUUUGUCGGGCAGUCCAACAUGAGUGUGUUUGGCCGCUCGCUGUACGUGACCCUGUUGGCCCGCCGAUCCAGCCACUACGCUGGCACCCGCUUCCUCAAGAGGGGUGCCAACUUUGAGGGCGACGUGGCGAACGAGGUGGAGACUGAGCAGAUCCUGCACGAUUCCGGAGUGUCCUCGAUGCAGCUGGGCCGCUACACGUCCUUCGUGCAGCUGCGGGGCUCCAUCCCCGCCCACUGGAGCCAGGACAUGAGCAAGAUGGUGCCCAAGCCCACCAUCAGCUUCAACCUGGCCGACCCGUACGCCGAGACGGCCGGCAAGCAUUUUGACCAGCUGCUGGGGCGGUUCGGGGCGCCCGUCAUCAUCCUGAACCUGGUGAAGAAGCGUGAGCAGAAGAAGCAGGAGAGCAUGCUGAGCGAGGAGUUCAGCCAGGAGGUGCGCUACCUGAACCAGUUCCUGCCGCCCGACCACCACGUGCAGUACGUCAGCUUCGACAUGGCCCGCGUCAACAAGAGGAAGGAGGCGAAGGUGAUGAGCAAGCUGGCGGACAUCGCUCGCAGCGCCGUGUGCAAGACCGGGCUGUACCAGAGCCAGGCGCCCUACUACAACCAGAGCCCGCAGUCCGUGCUGGGGCACCCCUGGGGGGGCCGCCGCCUGCAGACUGGCGUCAUCAGGGUGAACUGCGUGGACUGCCUGGACCGCACCAACACUGCCCAGUUCGCCAUCGGCAAGUGCGCCCUGGGCUUCCAGCUGUGCGCGCUGGGCGUGCUGGACAGCCCCAGGCUGGAGUUCGACACGGACUGCGUGCGGAUGCUGGAGGAGCUGUACGAGGACCACGGAGACACCCUGGCGCUGCAGUACGGCGGCUCCCAGCUGGUGCACCGCAUCAAGACGUACCGCAAGACGGCCCCCUGGACCUCCCAGGGCAACGACAUCAUGCAGACGCUCAGCCGCUACUACAGCAACACCUUCUCUGAUGCUGAGAAGCAGCACACCAUGAACUUGUUCCUGGGGUUGUUUGUGCCCCACGAGAGCCAGCCUCCCAUAUGGGACAUGCUGACGGACUACUACCUCCACCACCCGGUCGCAGUCUCCCCUUGCUCCAAGCAGAACAGGCGCCCGCUCAGCCAGUGGUGGGACCCGGCGGUGCUGAGCUGCCUGCCGCAGGCUCGGGACGACGCGGGCAAGGCUCUCCGGGAGCUGGUGGCGGUGCGGGAUCCCCGGCACGAGGCGGUCGACUGCUACCAGGACUACCACCGGCCCUACGAGCUGACGGUGCUGGCCGAGGCGUUCACCUACAUCAGCCACUCUGUCCGGGACUUCAUGCCGCACUUCACGACCAACUACAGCCCCUUCACGAUGCGCGUGAGGCCGGGCCGGCGCCGGGAGGAGACGGCCACGAAGGGCGGGGCCAUGAAGAACCCGUCCAUGACGGGGCAGAGCUCCACCAGCUCGACCACGUCCAGCGCCAGCGAGAGCGACAGCGACGACAGCGACGAGCCAGAGAACUCCGACUCCCAGCAGCUGCCGUCCAAAGACAGCUCCUCUGAUGCGGUCAGCUUCGAGUCGUUGUUCCCGUCGAUGAGGCAGGUGUACGGCAUGGAGGUGGGGCCCCCGUCACGGCAGGACGUCUCCCUGUACAAGAGGUUCGUGGCCAUCGGCCACACGGCCAGCGAGCAGGGGGCGGAGCGGAGGGCGGUGCGGCCGCUGCGACUGCUGCAGCGCAACGUGGUGUCCCUGGACACCUCGGCGCAGGUGGCCCCGCCCAGGCCCAGUCUCGAGGCCCUGCAGGUGUACCAGCGGUACGUGCAGCGCGGCACACGGGGGGCCUCGGAGCCCAGCCCCUCCAGCCUGGUCGUGUACCAGAGGUACGCUGGCCGCCAGCUGGUGCGACCGCAGUGCUGGUAGCCUCCUGACACCCACACCCCACUCCUGCACAGUCUCCCAGCGCCUAUAUCGUGGCUCAUUGGUUCAAGGUGGCAACACAACACCAAGACAGUUUAUUUCCUCCUACUAAAUAAAUGCUACUUCUUUUGAUAAUUGAAUGUGGGUAUUUUUCAAAGCAUUUUUUUUUUGGUAAGUGUUAUUUUGCUAAAAUUCCAUAGCUCAGAACCUAUACCAAAACCUAUAGCAAAAUAUAAAAUCAGCGCACCUACAUGAAUAUUAUAAUCGUCAAGCCGUAUUUUGUUAAGUUUGUAAUGUACUUUUUAUGUCUUUAUAUGUAUUUAUAUGUAUUUAUAUAUUUGUACAAACAUUGUAAAAAAAAAAUUCAUAAAUAUACAAACUAGUCAAAAUA